CAUAACAGGAGCCUAAUUACGCCUGAGAUUAGAGGGCUAUCGUUCUGCCAAUGGACUGAAGCCUCCGGUCUGUGUCCCAGUCACAACAAUGUCAUCCAAAUGCUCCACAGUGCUGAGGGUCAUUGGCACAACCCUCUUUGCCUUAAUUGUGCUGCUGGGCAUCCUGACAGCCUACAUCACCGGCUACCAGUUCAUCCACACUGAACAGCACUACCUCUCCUUCGGGCUGUACGGAGCCAUUCUGGCUCUCCACCUGUUCUUCCAGAGCCUGUUCGCCUUCCUGGAGCACCGGCAGAUGAGGAAGGAGGCCAAGCCAGAGAACCUGAACAAGACCGUGGCUUUGUGCAUCGCCGCCUUCCAGGAGGACCCCGACUACCUGAAGAAGUGCCUGCGUUCCAUCAAGAGGAUCUCCUUCCCCAGCCUCAGGGUGGUCAUGGUCGUCGACGGGAACAAGCCGGAGGAUGCCUACAUGAUGGAGAUCUUCAACGAGGUCAUGGGCUCCGAGCAGACGGGCACCUACGUGUGGAAGGGGAACUACCACAGUGAGGAGAUGAAGGGCACGAGGGAGGAAGGCGCCAGGCGGGUGACGGAGCUGGUGAGGAGCUCCUGCUACACCUGCAUCAUGCAGAAAUGGGGAGGGAAAAGGGAAGUCAUGUACACAGCCUUCAGAGCCCUGGGGGACAGCGUGGACUAUAUGCAGGUAUGCGACUCAGACACAGUCCUGGACCCUGCCUGCACCAUGGAAAUGCUGAAGAUUCUGGAGGAAGACCCAAAAGUAGGGGGAGUUGGAGGGGACGUGCAGAUCCUGAACAAGUACGACUCUUGGAUCUCCUUUCUGAGCAGUGUGCGCUACUGGAUGGCCUUCAACGUGGAGCGCGCAUGCCAGUCUUACUUUGGCUGUGUCCAGUGUAUCAGUGGGCCCUUAGGCAUGUACCGAAACACCCUGCUUCAGCAGUUCCUGGAGCAGUGGUACCACCAGACCUUCCUGGGGAGGAAGUGUAGCUUUGGGGAUGACCGGCACCUCACCAACCGGGUCCUGAGCCUGGGCUACAAGACGAAAUACACCGCCAGGUCCAAGUGCCAGACCGAGACGCCCACCAAGUACCUGCGGUGGCUGAACCAGCAGACACGCUGGAGCAAGUCCUACUUCCGAGAGUGGCUCUACAACGCCCUGUGGUUCCACAAGCACAACCUGUGGAUGACAUACGAGUCAGUGGUCACUGGCUUCUUCCCCUUCUUCCUGAUCGCCACCGUAAUCCACCUCUUCUACAGGGGCCGCGUCUGGAACAUCCUGCUUUUCCUACUGACCGUGCAGCUGGUGGGCAUGAUCAAGGCUACCUACGCCUGCUUCCUGCGGGGCAAUGUGGUCAUGAUCUUCAUGUCCCUCUACUCCCUCCUCUAUAUGUCCAGUCUGCUGCCUGCCAAGAUGUUUGCCAUCGCCACCAUUAACAAGGCAGGCUGGGGCACGUCUGGUCGGAGGAAGAUCGUGGUCAACUUCAUCGGCCUCAUCCCCGUCACUGUAUGGUUCGCCAUCCUGCUGGGUGGGGUGGGCUACACCAUCUACUGCGAGACUCAAGACCCUUUCAGUGAGACAGAGAAGGCUUUCCUUAUUGCCGGGGCCAUUCUUUACGGCUGCUACUGGAUCAUUCUCCUCGUCCUAUACCUGGCCAUUGUGGCCAAGCGCUGUAACAAGAGGGAGGAACAGUACAGCCUACCCUACGCUGAAGCAUGAGCCCAACCGGUGCUAUUUCCUUGGGGGGGCCUGCUGAGAUCAGAUGAUGCGAUGAACUCACUCUAAAGCACAUAUGGUUGAGGGGCAGUUCUUGUGGCCUUAAUUCCUUUCACAUCAGUUGUGCAGCAGUCCGUGUGUACACAAAUGGUGCUAUACACGAAAGUGGAUUCCUUCUGGCAGUGACAUUUUUUUUAAGCAAAUGCCAGCACACCUUAGAAGGGUGCAAUUUUUUGCAAGAAUAAAAGCAAAUGACUGGUGCACAGCAGCUAUCUUUGCUCUUUUCACAGUGUAUAGGGUCCAAGUGAAUCCUUGGAUUAGAUUCUAACUUCAACUGUUACAUUUAUGAGAUGAACUAGACAUAUUUUAAUCUUCUGCCUAAAUCAGGUUACCUCUCUCAAGGCGUAUGACAGGUGCACUAUGUAACAUCAACAUGAAGCAGACAAUCCAUUGUUACUGAAAAAGUGUAGUUUUCUUCUGGUUAUAGGUGACGCUGUCAAGGCCCAGCAAGAUUUUAAAGCUGGCAGAGAAAAUCCUCUUUUGGGCAACUUUUUUUUUAAAUUAGUGAAUGUGCCGCUUUCUCCAUGUUGCUGUAGAAAACAUGUUGGUGUUUCCGAUUGAGGCUGAACAAUUGAGAAUCUGUAAACAAUAUUGAAUGUUUUUUUAGAGAAAAAUACCACACGUACUGUAGUGUUGCAGACUAGUUUUAGACUUCAAUUUCAACCUUAUGCCUAAACACAAGCAAGUUCAUGUUCCUUCUGUGUACCUGGUGCUUUGAUGGUACAAGGGGAUCAUUAGGGCAGUAAAUAGUGGUCAUUCCUUUCUACUCAGGAUUCUCAGCACUGUCCUUUGUAGAGACAAUGUCCUGCAGUAACAAGACCUCACACAUACACCAGCUACAGCUCCAACACAAAAUGACUACCAAGGAAAAUCUUUUCAGAGUCCAAUUCAAUUUCAUGAGAAAUUAUUACUAAAGCACACCCAGUGCUUCAUUUUUUAUUUUUAUUUGCAUAUCUUCCUAUUUAUUCCUUUGAACAAAACUCGUCUUUCAGUACCUCAGUAACUGAGCCUCUGUGAACAACUUGAAAUGUGGCUGUAAAGCAGACUUUCUUUAAUUUUAUUCAAGUAUUUUUCUUUUUUAUUUAUUUUUUUUCCUUUUUGUAUUUAUUGUUUUAUUUAAAUACACGUAAUAACCAAAGAACAUGAUUAUAUUUUGAAGCGUUAUUGACUUUAAUUAAAUGGGAUAUUUCAAACUCCAUUUCGGACAGUAUGAGGACUAAUACUCUGUCCAGAUUGACUGGGAGUGGGAUUUGACAU